GCCUGCGCGGUCGCAGCACCUCCUCCGCCCCUCUCGCCGCCGCCGCCGCCGCUGCCGCCGCCGCUGCUGCACUCACGGCGGGUGCCCGCGCCUCAGAGUUACCAGUUUAUUCUUGCGACUCCUCUACUCUCGUCAUCUGACCUCAUGGAUGAACUUCAGGAUGUUCAGCUCACAGAGAUCAAACCACUUCUAAAUGAUAAGAAUGGUACACGAAACUUCCAGGACUUUGACUGUCAGGAACAUGACAUAGAAACAACUCAUGGUGUGGUCCACGUCACUAUAAGAGGCUUACCCAAAGGAAACAGACCAGUUAUACUAACGUAUCAUGACAUUGGCCUCAACCAUAAAUCCUGUUUCAAUGCAUUCUUUAACUUUGAGGAUAUGCACGAGAUCACCCAACAUUUUGCUGUCUGUCAUGUGGAUGCCCCAGGCCAGCAGGAAGGUGCACCCUCUUUCCCAACAGGGUAUCUGUACCCCACAAUGGAUGAGCUGGCCGAAAUGCUGCCUCCUGUUCUUACCCACCUAAGCCUGAAAAGCAUCAUUGGAAUUGGAGUUGGAGCUGGAGCUUACAUCCUCAGCAGAUUUGCACUCAACCAUGCAGAGCUUGUGGAAGGCCUUGUGCUCAUUAAUGUUGACCCUUGCGCAAAAGGCUGGAUUGACUGGGCAGUUUCCAAACUCUCUGGCCUGACAACCAAUGUUGUGGACAUUAUUUUGGCUCAUCACUUUGGGCCGGAAGAGUUACAGGCCAACCUGGACCUGAUCCAAGCCUACAGAAUGCAUAUUGCCCAAGACAUCAACCAGUACAACCUGCAGCUCUUCUUGAAUUCCUACAAUGGACGCAGAGACCUGGAGAUCAAAAGACCCAUACUGGGCCAAAAUGAUAACAUAUCAAAAACAUUAAAGUGUUCUACUUUACUGGUGGUAGGGGACAAUUCGCCUGCAGUUGAGGCUGUGGUCGAAUGCAAUUCCCGCCUGAACCCUGUAAAUACAACUUUGCUAAAGAUGGCAGACUGUGGGGGACUGCCCCAGGUAGUUCAGCCUGGGAAGCUCACCGAGGCCUUCAAGUACUUUUUGCAGGGAAUGGGCUACAUACCAUCUGCCAGCAUGACUCGGCUCGCCCGAUCACGAACCCACUCAACCUCGAGUAGCCUCGGCUCUGGAGAAAGUCCCUUCAGCCGGUCUGUCACCAGCAAUCAGUCAGAUGGAACUCAAGAAUCCUGUGAGUCCCCUGAUGUCCUGGACAGACACCAGACCAUGGAGGUGUCCUGCUAAGCAGAUGCUCCUCCCCUGGACCAUUGCAAGUCCAUCCUUCUUCAAAUGACCACUCCAUAAUAUAACAUUUCAUCCAUGUAAACUGGCCUCUACUAUCUUUAACUCAUGCAUGGCCACUGAACCUCUCUCUAGUAGCCUGGAUUUAUCAUUCUCUCUGCCUGCCCACCCCCUUUUUUGUAUAGCCCAGGAACCACUUCCAUGCCAUACUGUAACAUUCCAACAUCUUUAGCCGAUCAGAUCUCUCCAUCUCCCCUCUUGCCAGCUUUUUCCCGUGCUCCCCCAACUAUGUAUUGGAUAAGAUUCUUUAAUCCCAACUCUGUGUGUGUGCGAGCACGUGUGUCUCUGUUUGUGUGUGCAUAGUUCUGUGGUUUUAGACACGCUUUCUUGUAGUGCUUCUGCAAAAAAACAAAAAAGGGACUUAUUUUGCAUUCUCAAUGGUGUUUUUAAGGGAAUUAGGCAGAAUAGAUUUCUAGGUUGGGUAGGCCACUGCGUUCUCUUUUGUUUGCAAAUUGGUCAACAAAAUUUGCAGAGUGAUUUCAGGAGAGAGCAGCUCAGAGGAAUGUGGAAAAUCAUAAUUGCCAUCUGGACCAUUGAUUGAUUGUGAGCAAUAGUAGAAGGGUGCCUAUUACAUAGAGAGACUCCUUCUGUCCAAAUGAAUUUCUGUGUACUCUUCUAUAAAUAAAAGGGAGGAAUAUAUUCUGCUGGAAGCCCAUGAACCAUCGGUGAGGUACCGAUACAACACAGAGUUUUUUCCAAGGAGUGAAUGUGGCUUAAUUACUGGACUCUCUUAGCACAGGAAGGUGGAAACAAAAUGCCAGGCCUCUGCUCUGAAAAGCAAAACUGCUGUCGCUGCAGUAUCUUAUACUGGACAUCCACAUAUCCA